CUAGAGACCUGGAUUCCCAGACAGGAACUAAAGUAAUAGAUAACGUAGUUUAAUGUCUUAACAGGUUGUUCAAAUAAACAAUAAAAUCAGUCCAGCAAAUGGGGACUCACUUUCUUCUCCUACAACUUUCCUUCCCUGCUAAAAUAACACCACCAUCACUUCCACUUCUAAACCAUAAUAGCCACCAACUCUCCACCGGCAAUCAUACUAGUAAGCCUUGCGGUCCUCACUGGGCUUGGAAGAAUCAUGGUCCCACUUCAACUGGACGCUCCAGGUUCAAUUUUGAAGAUGAGCUCUAUACUGACAGUGGUGAUUAUGAUGAUGAGUUUGGAUUCAGUGGAACUGGGGAGAAGAGGGUAUGGUGGUUUGAUGAUGAUGAUGAUGAUGAUUGGGAUGAUGAUUAUGAGGAAAAUGAGUUCGGGAUUUUCAAGAUAAUUAAAGCUUUUGGUUGGAUGAUUCCAGCCGUCGCCGUAUCAUUUCUGUUAGGAACUGACAACCCAAAUGCUUUCUUAAUGGCAUUAGUAGUUCCAUUAGGACAGACUGCCUUGUCACUUGUGAUGGAUAAAGUAUGGGGAACUACGAGCACUAAUCCAAAACGCAGAUCAAGAACCAAAACCAGGAAAAAGCCAUUUGCUAGAGCUGCCAGCAAAACAAAAAAGACUGAGCCUAAGGCAGGGGGAUACAAGACUAAUGAAAGAAAAGGGAGUUACCAGUCGUGGGUGGCAACAGAUGAUGGUUCCAAUAAGAAAAAUACCAAUAGGGCACCCAGUUUUGGUGGAUGGGAUGAUCUAGAUAAAGCAAGCUAUAAGGCCGCUGGAAGGGCAAGUAAAAAGGGAGAUGAGCGUCCAAAACAGAAUAAAGGUAAAUUAAGUAGGAGAGGAAGAGUCAGGGACAGACCACUACUUCUAAGGCUGCUGAUUGCUGUUUUCCCAUUUUUGGCUUCUUGGAGUAAGUUCCUAUUUUAAUUUCUCAUCAACCUUCCAUAUUGGAUUGCAAAAUGUCUGGAGAGAUACGUGAACAAUAUGCUAAUUUAUGUGGAGAAAAACUAAGUUCCAUGACAGGCUAUCAGAAUAUAUUCGAAACCAGUUGCCAGGUCUCAGUCAGAUGUUUGAAAUGAUACAGAUAUGGCUUCAUUAGCAAUUUUACUUGCCCUCACUUCAUUAGUUUGGGAAGGAUGAUCCGCUUCCAAAAGUUUACGUUUUGUAGUCUUCUGUACCAACCACCCUAGCCUUGUAAUCAGUUGCAUAUUGAUAAUGUGUAAAUUGUCUGCUUCUGCUGCAGGUUUUCAUGA